GCUUUUUCCGCCAUGGCCGCCGGCGAUUCGGCAGACAGUGACUCCGAUGAGUCUCCGCCAAAACUCUAUGUCAAUAGCAUCAACGUUCGCAGCAGCACCAGUUCCCCCACGCCGCAGGAAGCCGCGUGGUCCAGCGGGCGAUCCCAGCCAGCAGCAAUUCAACGAAAAACUAGCUCACGGGCAUCUCGCAGGCGGAUUGUUGAGAAGAGCAACCCUAUGGCUCCCGCCUUCCCCUCCUAA